AUGGCGGAUGAUUCAUCUGAUGAACUAAAUACAUGCUCAGCUGAAGAUGCGACUAUAAAUUUAAACGACGACUUACCUUCCGAGUCGGAGCACUCGUCGGUAAUAUAUGAGUCUCCAAGUGCCACUUCGACCAACCAGGCAAGGCCGUAUUCGCUACAGAGGCAUAGGCGAAUGGGCUCAGUGACAUCUUUUUCAAAUUGUAGACGAAGCAUAGAUAAUGAGAGCGUCAUACUGUCCAACACUUUGUUCAAUGACGAUAGUAAGAGCAGCACCUACUCGCCAUUGGGUCCAAACUCGAUCUAUGAGUUAACAAUUGGCUCUGAUAUAGCUCGAUUGAGGAGAAAUCGUGCUUUGAAAACAAUGGUCACGUUGAAUGGAGGAACAACCACCAUAUAUAAUAUUGAUGCUCCAACAUCAAAGGAUAUUCCUCAGGUUCAAUUGGAACGCUUAAAGAAAAAAGUACCAAACCGAGUACUAGAGGAGAAGUUUAUCAAUGAUAUAGCUGGUGAAUAUAAAAAAUUCGAGGAAAGUUAUAGAGCAUUAACCGAAGAUUCGUUGAAAAAGCUCUCAGAGGCAACAGAGAAAAAUAAUGGCCAAUUUUCAAGAUCUUCUUCAAUUGAAAGUUUACAAAAACAACAAGAAAGUGGAACACUGUUGGCGGAAAUUCCAGAGGUGUUUCUUGACCCAGACUUGAAAUUGGACGACCCGCGUAUCUUCAGCCAAGUGUUGGAAGAUUCUGACUUGAAGCUAAUGGAAGAGGACCACAUUGUAAAUGAUACUGCAUUACAGGACAAACUAUCUCAUUAUUUGGACUUGGUGGAAUUGAAUUUGGUUUCGGAAAUUGAAAGGACGUCAGAUUCUUUUUUUGACGCUAUCGGAGAUAUAGAAAGCAUUCAGAAGAAAUCUCAAACUUGCGUCGAAAAAUACCAUAGACUUUUGAACAAUAUCACCACGCUCGAGCGGGAUCAAGCAAAGCUAGGUCUUGAGGUACUUGCGAAGAUGGUUGAAAGACGUAACGUGGAAAUUUUGGAAAAAUCCAUUAUUCAAUUACAGUACAUCACAACAAUAUUCCUGAAUGCCAAAAGGUCCUUCAGUGCUAAUGAUAACGUCAAGUGUCUAAAUGAAAUUGUUACCGUUGAAAACCUCAUUAAUGGUGUAGAUCGUACUGAUAUUGUUGAUGAAGAGGUAAAGAGCAUGUAUCCCAAUCUCCCAAUGGUUGAUCUUCAAAAUUUACCUGCAUUGAUUCAUUUACGUAAUGAUCUACAAUCACUCAAAACUGAUUGUGCUAGGAAGUAUAUUGAAGAUUUCAUUGAGUUGCUUCUAGACGAUUUGAGAGGACAUUAUCAAAGUGUACCUACAAGAGACACGUUCAAUCGAAUGUAUGCCAAUAAGGACAAAACAAGAAAAAGUGCAUCAAAAACUGUUAAUAUGUCUUACCUUCAAGUUGACUCUGAAGUGAGACUUCAAUUGCAGGAGUUUGUUAAGAGCCUCAUCAAGGCAGAAGAACUCACCAAUGCAUACACGUUUUAUCAAAACAGUUUUAUUUCGGAGAUCAAAGAGGUGAUUAAACAGAACUUGCCCACUGGUACCGCUUUAAAUGAAACUCCUUCAUUGCAAAACUCAUCUGAAAGUACACCAGCUCCAAAACAAGUGGACGGUGCUAAUGAAACGAUUCGACCUCAAAACGCAAUGAGUACGAACAUUAAGAUUCUUACGCCAAAAGAGUUUGAAGAAAUGCUCUGCAAAACAUAUGCCCAAUUAUCAGAAUGUUUGCGAAGAUUAACUGUUCACCAAAAGAUGUUAUUGGACCUUGCAUUAACGGCCAUGAUUCCAAGUAAUAAUAAUAGUAACAAUAAUUAUAAUAAUAAUAAUAAUAAUAACAAUAAUAAUAACAAUAAUAAUAACAACAAUAGCAAUAAUAACCAUCAUCAUCAUCAUAAUAAUAAUAAUAAUAAUAAUAGUGAUAAUAAUAAUAGUUUGGAUAUAAUGUCCUUGGAUAUUACGAAAUCUAUACACAAAGCUAUUGAACUUACUCAAAUCAGACUCAUGAAAGUUAUUAGCGUAAGACUGGAGCAAACUGCGGAUUUGCCUUUACCGCUUUAUCUAAAAUUGUACUCACUUACUUCAGCAUAUUUACAGGAAUGUGAGCUCAUAAACCCUGCAUUUGCCUUUAGCGGAGCAGGUAAUGUGUUGAGUGAGUGGUUUCAAAAUCAUAUAACAUAUUUUAUACAUAGACUUCAUGUGAACUCGUUCAAACUGAUGGUAAACAGUUGCUCAAAAGAAACAUGGAAGGUAAUGGAAAACCCAGAAACUUUGGCGCCCACACAGCUUGCUUUGAACCAAAUUGUUGAGUAUUCAGAGUAUGUUCAGAGCAAUGGAGAAAAUGGCUUUUCAGGUGAUAAGUGGCUAGAAAUUUUCAACUUUUAUGAAGCACAGCAAGAACCCGAUAUUCUUGCUGAGCAAGAAUCUUUGCUGCUGCCAACAAGAUUAUUUAUCGGUGAGAAUGAGUUUAUUGUUCCGAAUUUGGCUGUAAUUGUAACCAAUCACGUAAAAGAUUACAUGAUAGCUAGUAAGGCAUUCCCCACUUUUGCAUCAACAAUUGAAAAUAAUCUUUUGAACUAUUUCAAGGAUUUGAACUCAAAAACUUCGCAAUCUGUGCUUGGAGCUGGAGCAACGAGAACUGCUGGGUUGAAGCAUAUAACGACUAAACAUUUAGCAUUAUGUAUCCGAUUUAUCGAGUACAAUAUAGCUUUUCUUCAGAGUUUAAAAGGAGCAUUUAAAGAUUCCAAACGGAAGAGUGAUGAUGAAGUUACAUUUGCAAAGAUAAUUAGUAACUACAAGGAUCAUGAAACUGAACUCUUUGCAAAGAUCAUCACCAUUAUGCAAGUUCGAACAACAGCCGGUUGUACCAAACUGCUCGCCAUUGAUUGGUCAGUACCACUUAAGCAUCCGCAACAGUGCCAUAGUUAUAUGGAAGAUCUCGUGCGUGACACUUCAACCGUGGCAAAAGUCUUAAUGAAGUAUUUACCAGACUUGAAGUAUUCACUAGUAUUGCUGCAGAUUUUUGAUAGUUACAAGAGACUUCUUGUUGAGAAUUAUUGUACCAAAUUGCCAGCAUUUAAGGACUUUAAUGAAAAACAAAAUUUGUUACGGGAUAUUGAUUAUUUCAGAGACAAACUUGGUGAUUUACCAGGGUAUGGCAACUCGGGGCAGGUUAUUUGGGAGAAUGUUAAUCUGAUGCCUACCGAAGAAGAUGUUAGAAUGGAAGAGAAAAUGAGGCAAAAUAAAGAUGAAGCAAAGAGACAACAAGCUGAGCCAAUACUAGCUAAAUCAAGACUUAGUUUUGAGAAAUUGGUCUCUUCUGCUCGAAGCUCUUUUGAAAGAAGUCCUGCUCCUCUGCAGGAAUUGCCGUCAGUUGCUGAGAAUAAUGAGCAACAAGUUGAUGAGAAAUUAAUAGAAAAGGAAAACAAUACAACUGCAGCAGUGGAGACUUCUUCUCCUCCACCUAAACCUCCUCAAUCCGCCUCUGUGUCAGAAACUUUGGUUUCGGAAAAGGAAGAGAAUCAGGAGAAUCAGGAAAAUCAGGAAAAUCAGGAGAAGCAGGAGAAGCAGGAAAAAAAAUCUAGCGUGGUUUCUGGUGCUGCUGAUGGUAUCGACAAGGAGUCAAGAGAGGGUUCUCAGCCUGUUGAAUUUACUGAAAAUGAAUCGAAUUUGGAACCGGGAGUAAUGGAAGCUGAAACAAGUGAGAUAGGUGAAAAAACUACUAGUGUCCCUGUCACAGAAAUGCCUAGCAAUAAAGAAGAAGUUAGGACAGAGGCAGAGCUUACCAAAGAAGGAGAUGUUUCUACAAAAGCACAGUCUAUUAAGGAAGAAGAUAUCACUACCAAGGAAGAGCCCACGACAAACCAAGAAGUUCCUCAACAUAUGCAAACCAUCAAUAAGAAGUCUAGUCCGCUUGAAAACGAUAGCAAAGUAAAGAUGUUGGAUACAGAGUCAGACGUAACUGCAAAAACUGCUUUAUCCGUUUCUACUGAGGGCAACGAUACAAAGUCGAAAAAGGAACUUUUCAACAAAGAAAGCUCUGCUGAAGACUCACAUAAAGAGAAUGAAGCAUUAUCUCCUGAGACUAGCAAGACAGAAGAACAAAAAUCUACAGAUAAUUCUCAUGAUAGUUUACCACAAGACGUCCAGGUGAUGGCUGAUUCGCAAGAGGCUGUGCUGAAUCAUCAGGUUGUCCAUUUAGAUGGAAAUCAAAAAGACGAGCAAGAUAAUGAAAAGCAGAAUGAUCUAGAUUUAGAAAUAGAAAUAGAACCAGCUGCACCUACUAUUCACAAACAAAAAGUCACUGAUGUAACCAAAUCUAUAGAUGAAACUCAUAAUACCGCCCAUUUGACGAAAGCUUCAAAUAGUGCUGAACCAAUUAGGGGCAUGACAAAGAAUAUGAAGGAUCUCGGUAUUACCGAUAAUACGAAACAGGGACUGCAACUAGAUCUUGCUGAAGACUUUGUAUCAAAGCCAACAACGGAGACAGUGAAUUUGAAUGAGAGAGAAUCUGGCAUUGAUGAGACCAUAAGCGAAAAUCCAAACAACAGUACUAAUGGCAAGGAAUUGGAGGAAGAGCAACAAAACGACCACGAACCUAGAGCCGAUCCAGGUAAGGAAACAAUUAUCACCACCGUCGCAAAGGAUAAGGAAGAAAAUAACGUGAAUGUUCCUAAUAACAACAAAUCCAAAUCCCAAAAGAAAAAGAAAAAUCAAAAAAGAAAGAAAAAGUGA